AUGCCGCUGAAGGAGCGGUUUCCGUUGUUGUUCCGGCUGGAAACUGAGAAGAAAGUGGUGAUUGAUGAUCGGUUCAACAGUCUUGUGCAGACUUUCUCAAGGAAAUGGAGGUGGUCCCGUAGUCCGGCUUCUCCCGAUGAGCUGAGAGAAUGGAGCGAUUUUAUAUCCCUCCUCGACUCGGCAAAGCUUUCAGAUAAUCAAGAUAAGUGGGAAUGGAGUGGAAGAAAUGAUAAGGAGUUCUCCGUUGGAGCGGUUAAAAGAUUUCUCAGAAGCGACGAAGAUUAUAAAAUUAGACGGUUAUUACACCUGAGUAAGCAGAACAGUUUUAGCGGGGACGAAAGGUGUGUGAUGUGCAGUGAUGGUAGUGAGUCGGCGGAACACCUGUUUUGUUAUUGUGAGGUGGCUGCGGCGGUUUGGUACCACACCAGUCGUUGGUGCCAUAUUAGUUCGAUAUACGCCUUCUCGUUGAAUGAUAUGCUGGAGGUUAAUGAGCGCGCCGGGUUAGGAGUUAAAGCUAAAGACAUUCUCAAAGGGAUUAUCAUGGUGGGUUGGUGGUGUAUCUGGAAAGCGAGAAACGAAAGAAGAUUCUCCAAGAGACAAAGAUCGGUUGCAAAUAUAGUUCAAGACAUUAAGUCUCUUGGUUAUUAUGGUAUAGUAAUAGAUCAAAAAAUAGAUAUGUUUCUUGGGAUAAUUGGAUUUCUUUUUCUGUGA